AUGGUCAAGGAAGUUGUCAAACUCUCCUAUUGCGAGUUUGAAGCAUUGGUACCGAGAACUGAACAAGGAGGUGCGUUCUCCAACCAUUCGUUUGAGAUCAUGAGCGGUUUCUCCAAACGUGAAGUCGAACGAGGACUGGAGGAGAAUCAUGUCUGUGUAUGUCUUCAGUUCAGCCGGGCUCAGUUUGCGGGUGAGAGGUCUGACUUUCCAUGCGUCAUUCUGGGACUGUAG